AGACAUUUUGGAGAACCAAAGCAAAGCUCAAAAGCCUUUCAAAGAAGUAUGUGUUAUUCCACUGGAUAUUGCAUCAAAUAAGAAUUAUAAACUUCGCACCCUCAAUCAUGCUCCAAAUACAAUGGUAUUGUCCAGUCCUCCAGGAUCCCAGCAUUCGUGGUACCAUGUAAAUUGCUCUAACUCUCCCUCAUGAUUGGCUGACAGCUCAAAACCAAAUAUGACAAAUCGAAUACCCAGAGCGUGUUCUCCGACUUUUAAUUGGCUGAAGCUGGUCUGGCUAGAGCAGUCGAUGCCAGAAACGGAAGUCCCGCCAGGAAGCUCAGAGUUCAGUUUCAUUUGUUUAUGUACAAUUCCCACAAUCGAGGCAGUGUCGCUCUGUGAGUCACAUAUCUUAUUUAAAGCGCUGCUUUAAUAUAUUAAUAUGUUGUCUGCCUUGUGUUUUUGCUGGAUUGGGAAAAGGGAGAAUGCUUGAAGAAUGUUACCGGUAAAAGGAAGAGAUGCCGGGGUCUGGCAGCAAACUAAAAGCCUGCUUUACAAAAACCUGCUUAUUAAAUGGAGGAGCAAACAGCAGAGUCUGCAGGAGCUGAUCCUGCCCUUGUUGUUGCUGGGGCUUCUGAUUCUCAUCAGCACACUGCACCCCCACGUAUAUUACCAUGGCAUCUCCACUGUGGAGCUGGAGCGCCAAUACAGCUAUGACCUGGAGCCGAAAUACCUGGGAUACACGCCCAACAAUACCAUUACCAAUCACAUUAUGGACAAGGUGGCAGAACAUUUAACUAACGAAGGGAUUGAGGUGGAGAUGUUCCACAGUGAGAAGGCCUUGGAGAAUGCCAGCCUACACGAUCAGUCAUCCUGGGUGGGUGUGGUGUUCCAGAACUCUUUAAGCUACCAGCUGCGCUUUCCCUACAAUUCUGUGCCACUGCCCAGUGACUACACAGACUCAAUCGCCAGCUGCUUUACAGACAGUAAAUCGUGCAAGGCUGCAAACUAUUGGUACUCAGGAUUCACCAAACUCCAGUCAUACAUUGAUGCAGCCAUCAUAGAGGUGCAGACCCAGCGGGAGGUCUGGAGGGAGAUGGAAGGGCUACGGGUCGUGAUGAUGGGCCAGCCCGGGUCAGUGGAGGUCCAGAAGUUCCCUCACGCGCUCAUCUCCAUCUACCUGGUCCUGGCGUUCACGCCCUUCGUGUCCUUCCUCAUCGUCAACGUGGCGGCGGAGAAGGAGUGCCGCCUGAAGGAUGCCAUGGCCAUGAUGGGGCUGCGCGACUCUGCUUUCUGGCUGUCCUGGGGCUUGCUGUAUGCUGCCCUGGUCUUCACCAUGUCAGUCCUCAUGGCAAUCAUCUCCACAUGCACCUCCCUCUUUCCCAGCAGCAGCUUCUUUGUGAUCUUUCUGCUCAUUUUCCUGUACGGGAUAUCCACAAUCUUCUUUUCCUUCAUGCUGACACCCCUCUUCAAGAAGCCCAAGUUUGCCAGCACUGUGGGCUCCAUGCUGACAGUAGUGUUUGGCUGCCUGUCUCUCUUCACUGUCCUGAUGAAGGAUUUCCCUCAGCCACUGGUCUGGGUGCUGUGCCUGCUGUCUCCCAGUGCCUUCUCCAUGGGCAUUGCACAGGUGGUGUACCUGGAAGCUCAGGGAGACGGAGCAGUCUUCUCCACUCUGUCCAAUGGCCCCCACCCCCUUUUCGUGCCCCUUGUCAUGCUGGUGCUUGAUAGCUUCCUUUACCUCCUGCUAGCAGUCUACCUGGACCAGGUCUUACCAAGGGAAUAUGGAAUACGUCGGUCCAUCCUCUACUUUCUGAAGCCAUCCUAUUGGUCCAGACACAUGAAGCACUAUAAAGAGGUCAAUUCGCAGUUUGAGAGUGAGGUAAACGGCGGCCCUCCGUCCAGCGAGUCAGUCGAGCCCGUGUCUUCAGAGUUCCAGGGGAAGGAAGCCAUCAGAAUUAACAAUAUUCAUAAAGUUUAUAAGGAGAAGGACAGCUCUGUUGAGGCACUUAGAGGCUUGACCUUUGACAUCUAUGAGGGGCAGAUCACAGCUCUGCUGGGGCACAGUGGAGCAGGGAAGUCCACGCUGAUGAAUAUUCUGUGUGGGAUUUGCCCUCCCACUGAAGGCUCUGUCAUGAUCUAUGGCUCCCCAGUGUCUGAGAUCGCAGAGGGGCUGGAGAUGCGGAGGCUGGUGGGAAUUUGCCCGCAGUUCAACAUCAUGUUCGAGGUGCUGACUGUGGAGGAGCACCUGAGGAUCUUUGCUGCCAUCAAGGGCAUCCCCCCGGGCGACAUCAACAGAGAGGUAGCCAAAGUGUUGAAGGACUUGGAUCUGGAGAAGAUCAUGGAUGCCCAGGCCCAGAACCUGAGCGGCGGCCAGAAGAGGAAGCUGUCUGUGGGCAUUGCCAUCGUGGGGGACCCCAAGAUUCUUCUCCUGGACGAGCCUACGGCAGGAAUGGACCCCUGCUCCCGGCACCAGGUGUGGUCUCUCCUGAAGAGCCGACGGUCGGAUCAUGUCACUGUACUCUCCACCCACUACAUGGAUGAGGCUGACAUCCUGGCAGAUCGGAAAGCUGUGAUCUCCCAAGGACUUCUCAAGUGUAUUGGCUCCUCUCUCUAUCUCAAAACGAAAUGUGGGGUUGGCUACCACCUCCGGAUGUCAGUGAGUGAGUCGUGUGACACAGACCGCGUGACCUCACUGAUAAGACGGCACGUCUCUAAGGCACAGUUGUCACGGCAGCAGGAGGCAGAACUGACAUACACUCUUCCCUCUGAAAACAUGGACACGUUUUCAGGCCUGUUCUCAGAGCUGGACAGCCGGCCUGAUCUCGGAAUAGGGAACUACGGUGUUUCCAUGACAACACUGGAAGAUGUUUUCCUGAAGCUGGAGGCUGAGGCCGAGGUUGAUCAAGCAGACUACAGCGUGUUUAACCAGGAGCAGGUAGAGGAGGAAGGGGACGCCUCCUCCCUGGACGACACUGACCAGCGGCUCCUCAUCUUCUCUGACAGCAAGCCUGAGGGUGUCUCUGGACACGCUCUGUGGAGGCAGCAGUUCCGCACCAUAGCCAGACUGCACCUGCUCAACCUGCUGAGGGAGAGGAAGCCCAUCAUUCUGGCUCUGUUCGUCAUCUUCCUGGCCUCAGUGCUGGCUCUGUCCCUGAUCAGUGGCAAUAUCCGAAUCAACCCCACGUCCCGCCGACUCUCCCCAGACCUCUACCUCCUCAGUAGCAAACAGCCGCUUCGCAAGUACGCCAGCAGUCUGCUGCUGCACAAUGCCUCUGACUCGAGUAUUGACUACUUCAUCCGCAAUCUGGAAUCACAGGAUAUUAAGGUGGAAUUGCAGAAAGGAAAUGAUUUCAUGGCAAGUGCUCCACACAGUGCUGCCUUUAACAUUUCAGGUUCCAAUAAGCAGCACUACGAGUACACAGCUGUGUUUAACAGCACCAUGGUACACUCCCUUCCUAUGCUGCUGAAUAUCCUGAGCAACGCUCUGCUGCGCAGCCUCAACGGGACCGGCCGCAUCGAGACGUGGAGCAAACCCUUUGAAUUUAAAAUUCCUGAGGCUCUAUCGAAUGCCCUGAUCUACAUUGAAGCGGUUCUGCUAGGAAUGCUGGCAGCAGGAAUGCCAGCCUACUUUGCCAUGGAACACACACGGGACCGCGAGAUUAAGUGCCGUUCCCAGCUGCGAAUCUCAGGCUUGGUCCCGUCUGCUUACUGGUGUGGUCAGGCAGCUGUCGACAUCCCCUUCUACUACCUCAUCCUGAUCGCCAUGACCAGCACUCUCUUCGCCUUCCACUCGGAGGAGCUGUUGCACGCUGGCGCAUACACCUCAGUGAUCCCGUGUCUGAUAGGCUACGGUCCGGCGAUGAUCCUCUUCACCUACGUGGUGUCCUUCAUGUUCACUCGCGUCCAGAACAAUCGGGAUUUCCUCUCCAUCGUCUCCAUGCUGGUCUCUGUAGUAUCUGCAUUCUUGAUUCAGCUGACCUAUGUGAAUGGAAACCGGAUCGUAGCCACAAUUCUGCACAACUCUUUGUGCUUCUUCAACCCACUGUACCCACUCAUGGGCUGCCUCAUCUGCAUCACCAAGAAGACUUUCACUGACAUGAGCGUUUAUGAAGACACUGGAACGCUGAGUAGAAACAUGCUGGUAACCAUUGUGUCGCCCUACCUGCAGUGUGUCUUUCUUCUCUUCCUGCUGCGUUGGCUGGAGAUCCGAUACGGAGGCAAGACUAUGAGGAAUGAUCCACUGUGCAGGAUCUCCGCUGGGAAGACGAAAGUCCAUAGGAACCCUGAUGAGUCAGAGAACGAGGACGAAGAUGUCCAUGCAGAGAGGACGAGGGUCAAGGAGGCACUGAGCUGUCAGAGCUGCGAGGAGAAGCCAGUGGUGGUGUUGAGCAGCCUGAGAAAGGAGUACAGCGGCCAUCAUGACGGUUUCAUCUUGAACACCAAGAAGAAGAAAGUGGCGACAAAAAACAUCUCCCUCUGCGUUCGGAAAGGUGAAGUGCUGGGACUGCUGGGUCCAAAUGGAGCAGGGAAGACCACUACCAUGUACAUGCUGGCUGGAGAAACCGAGCCCACGGCAGGACAGGUGCUGAUGGGUGAUUACUGCACAGAGUUCCGGCAGGUGGACGGCCCUCUGGAGUACAUUGGCUACUGUCCACAGGUGAACCCGCUGUGGCCCAAGAUCACCCUGCAGGAGCACCUGGAGAUCUACGCCUCCAUCAAGGGACUCGGCCAGAAUGAGGUCGCCAGCAUCAUCGAGCGCGUUGUGAAUGCACUGGAGUUGAAGGAACACCUUAAAAAGAAAGCUAAGAAUCUCUCGGCAGGAAUUAAGAGAAAGCUCUGUUUUGCCUUGAGCAUGCUGGGUAACCCCCAGAUUGUGCUUCUGGAUGAACCUUCAACAGGAAUGGACCCCAAAGCCAAGCAGAGAAUGUGGAGAGCUAUCCGUGCAGCAUUCAAGAAUCGCCAGCGGGGGGCGAUACUAACCACCCACUACAUGGAGGAGGCAGAGGCUGUCUGCGACCGAGUCGCCAUCAUGGUGUCAGGGCAGUUGCGGUGUAUCGGCUCCAUCCAGCACCUGAAGGGAAAGUACGGCCGUGGGUACAGCCUGGAGGUGAAGCUGCGGGAGGAGAUGACCGGGCUGCGGGAAGUGGCUCUCCUUCACAAGGCGAUCCUGAGAAUCUUCCCUCAUGCAGUGCGGCAAGAGAGCUUUGCCACUCUGAUGGUGUAUAAGAUCCCCAUGGAAGAUGUGAAAUCACUCUCACAGUCCUUUUCACAGUUGGAAAAGGCAAAAGAUGCCUUCCAUUUUGAGGAAUACAACUUCUCUCAAUCUACACUGGAACAGGUGUUCGUGGAGUUUGCUAAAGAGCAGGAGAAUGACGAGGAAGAGAUUGGGUCCCUGAGCACAACGUUUCAAUGGCAGAGACUUCAGCAAGAUGAGCUGGUGUCAACGCCCCACUCGGACAGCAUUGUCCACCAGCUUUAACCACUGGAGCCGGAAUACUGAACUCUUUUCUACUGAAUCUGAUUGAUCUUGGAUCUCUUGCACUUCUCUCUGUGUGAAUUGAAUUUGACAGCUCUCAGAUCUCCAGUACUGAAUUCUCUCUGUUCAGUUUGCUGGCAUCGCUGUGAACGUGUUAUUGGAAAUAAUGCAGGACAAGAAGCUUCUGAAGAGUUGUCUUUCGGUUUUAUGUUUUGAGUGGAUCUUCAAAUAUCCCCCCGCUGCCUUCCUAAAGGACAUACACUUGAUUGAAUGCACUCACAGCCUGCCGAUAUGAGUGGAUUCGUUUCAAGGAAAUGACAGCUUUUUGAAACGAGCAGGCAUGCAUGCUCAAAGGGGCUACCCUUUAUAUCUGGAAUAAACACAGUGUAUUUCAUUUUCAUGCCACAAUACAAAAUGGCACAGGCAGCGUUAAAUCCAGGAAGGUGCGCCGAUACUGCGGAUGCUACAGAUAAAUCAUUAAUAAGAGACAACGCCAUGCAUUAAGAAAAAUCGCAUUGGGUAACGAGAGUGUCUUAAAGAGGAAUUGAUUUCAGCCUAAAUAUUUUGUUGUUGCGUAUAUAUGUGGUUGAUUGAAAUGCUGAUGUUUUUAUUAGUUCAGUUUCAUAAAUAAUUCCUGCUUCUGCCAGCUAGUGUCAGUCUUUUACAUUUGUAAGAGUUACCUGUGAAUGCACAGAUGUAAGGAUUGAAGUAUUGCCAAAGUAUUAUAAAUCCAUGAAUGUGUAGAUAAAUGUAUUGAGGAAUGGGAUGGAGAGGCCCAAUUCAUGUUGCUUCCUCAGUAGUGUGGUUCAGGGGAGUCACGGUUUGUAAACAGCAUACUCCUUGAAAGAUGAUCGAUCCACAUGUCUUCUUAUUCAGAGCAACUCCUUUUCAGAAGUGACUUUGCAAUUCCUUUUUUGUAUCCAGUAGGCAUAACUACAUUUAUAGUCUAUAGCUGCUGUAUUAUCACUUUUUGUUAACCUGUUCUGCAGAGUCCCUCGGCCGUUCCAUUCACAGGCAACGCAGCCAUUUCUUUUCAGUUUACAGAAUAAUGAUAUUACAGAAUUUUUUGAAUACAUUGAUGCAGGGCUGUUAACUAUGGUUGUCUCAAAUAUUUGGUACAGGAAGGUAAUAUUUUAUGACCACGUGUUUUUAAGCUUGGAUCUUUAGCUUGUAGCUGGAUAAUUGGGGAUUUAUGUAAUUACACAUUUUGGGAUUUAAGCCUGUUAAUUAUGCCCUUAGUUGUAUGUCUGCACUGGAGUUGGACCCCUUUUCUCCAGCUAAUGUAAAUGGUUCUUUUGUUUUCUGUGUGUUUUUACUGAUUUACUAUCUUAACCCAGGUGUUCAAGUCCACCCUGUGUGUUCCAGCAGGAGAGAUUCCAGUUUAUAUUGGAGUAAAGGGUGAAAAAUGAAUAUAUGACUUACAACAUGUUUAUGAUACGUGUCUAAGGUGGGUGGAAAGGGCUGUAUCUUAUACACCCACUAUAUUUGUGUUUUUUUUUUUUUAAAGGAAAUUGCACUAUUUGUAACUGUCCCUCAUUCAAUUCUUGAUUUCUGUUGAAUGGAAAGAAACAAAUACUGCAGUUUUGCACAUAAUUUUAAUUGAAACGGCAUUCUGUGUCUUCAUUUAUAAAAGCUGUUGUUGGUAUGUAAUUCGUUCCACUGUAAUAUGGACAGCCUGUUUUUAAUAUGCUUUUAUAAAAUAACAUUAAAAUGCAUCAUUAUUUUUCUUUCUGCUCAGCCAGGAGGAUUGAGCUGGUAAUUGUUUUUUUUUUUUUUGUAUUGGGGUAAUUGUGUGAGGUGACUACAGUAUGUAGGAACAAAGGGGGGAAAAAAGGUUAAUUGACAGAAAUAUUUUUCAGGUAGAUUACCAUUAUUUAUUUAUUUUUUUUUUUAAUGAUUAUUUUGUACAGGAAAGCCUGUCCUAUUAUCAGUAAGCUAAGAAACUGGGCCUUAUUUAACUUUGAACCCUGUUUGUUGCACAGCGUUUAUAUUUGAAAACUCUACAAGCAUUGCACAUUUGCAAUACUGAGGGGAGAAUUUAAAGAUAAUCCAUUCUAAUACAGAUGCUGCCUUUGUGAACCUUUGUAUAUCGGAACAGAGAGCUGAUACCGUGAUUGUGGUCAUGAUACAUUUGUUUAGUAAGUGGCUUAUGGGGUGAAUUGCCAGGUAAUGUGACAUUUGAUUACAAUAUGCAGUUGAUUCAGUUAACUAUUGAUUCAAUGAAGUGUUUUUCAUUUACAUUCCAUCCUCAUUGCUUUCUUAUUUUGUCGCAUUGUCAUUCUAUCAAUGUCAUCAAUUAGAAAAUGUAUAUUAGAAGACAGAGGGGCCUUAACAUCAGGAGUUAUUUAAAGAAUGUUUAUUAAUAAAGUAUAGUUUGAUAUUGUUUGUUUAUUUUAACAACAGCCUAGAAAAAUGCGACCAUCUUAUUUUUUAUUUUAUUCACAGUUGAAAGCUUUGUGAAAAGGGCCCAGUGUUGGGGAGACAGGGGCCAUACUGUAUAGUAUAGUACUUCCCCCAUGAAACAUGAGUGGAGUGUACAGUAUAUAAAACUAGGUGUUUUAGAUUUUUACUGUAAUUAGAAUGCAUGUUAUUAAUAAUGAUCCUGCUUAAACGAGGGACAGGCUUACUUGCUCUAGAGCAAAGGUUGCAGCAGUUUU